AUGCCUUGGAUAGAAACAAAGCCUGGCCUUUGGCAGCGUCCAAUAGGCGACAAUGAGAAAUUCAUCAAGUUUAUAGGCGAUCGAUCUCAUCAAGUCGGCCGUGAGCACUGGUCCGUCACAGCAGGAGCGGCAUUCACAUUGAAUAGAGACUGGAGUCUUUCGGACCUAUCGAGCCACUGUCUCAACGCCUGGUGCGCAUUUCGGUUUGACCACCCUAGCAUUGCGUGCACAGUUGAAGGAGACACCGUCAGCUAUCAAACGCCUUCUAACGAGGAGCUGGCGUCCUGGGCAAACGAGACAUUUCACAUUCACGACUUGAGCACGACCUCUGACGACUUGAUUGCCGCUCUAAAACCAUCCAGGUAUCUCACCGCUCAUCUACUUCCUGGCGAGAACAGAGUGAUUCUCCAUGCGGCGCAUUGGAGAACGGAUGGCUACGGAGCCUUGCAGCUGGUGCAUGCAUUCUUGGACACACUAUGCAAGGCUGUCGGCUGCCACUCAAAGGCGAUUCAAUGGGGCGAGGAAUGGCGUCGCUUAACCCCGAGCAUCGAGGAAGUCCUCGAUCUACCCCUUACGGCCACGCCCGAGAUUCUUGAAGCCACCAAGGAAUGUUUGAAGACCUUGGCGCACACACGAGGGGCGGUAGGGACUGCGCCCUCAGGCGACAAGCUUGCUGCCCCUGCAGGAACACGAAGCGCACACUUGAGCCUGACGACGGCUGAUACCAGCGCCGUCAUGGCGGCCUGCGCAGAGCGAAAGAUCAGCCUUCUCUCGGCCGUACACGCGUCCUGCGCCGCCCUCACCUGGCUGGAAGCUUCAUCGAAUGACCGCGAUAAACAUUAUACCAGUACUAUGCGAUUCAGUCUACGCCCUCAUCUCCCCCCACCGUAUUCCGGUCCGGCCUAUGCGGCGGGGUUGUACACUGGCGGCUACAUGUUUCCCGUACCAGCCUCACAGUCAUGGAUCGAGAAUGCGAAGCAGUACGAAAAGGAGUAUAAUACCGGCAUUACAGAAGAUUUCUUGAAAUGUCGCCGCCAGUAUGCAGUCGAACUGAUUGGCAUCCUUCAACGGGGUGCACCACCGCCCGAUCCACCACCAAGCGAGGUUGACAUAUCCAGCGUGGGAGACGCCGAAGCUCUCGUGUCCCCACGAUUCACCCACAAUGGAACAAUACUGGAAGUGCAAAGCGUGGACAUUGGAGUUGAAACGCUAACGCGUCAAACCUACUGCUUUCUGUGGACGUUUCGGGGCCGAUUGGAACUCCAUUUGGUCUACAACGAGGCAUUCUAUGAACCAGAGCGUGCCGAGCGGAUGGUCCGAAUCCUUGCCAAAACCCUCCAAACCGAAUUGGGAUUGGCGUAA